UGUGGGCGGGGACAGAAUGUCACAUGUCAUUCGAAAGACGCUCCGAUUGGUCGAGUAUUUUGUGACAACUUCCGGCGUAAUGGAGCGCAAGAUUUGAAUUUGCUUUUGUUUGGCUUCGUCUGUAACUCUGUUUUUACAAGAAGAGAAGCGUGUUUGAGCAGAGGGAACUAUGAAUGCUGAUACCUGCAAAUUAUUUGAAAGAGUUGCUCAAAAGAUGGGAUGGGCCGAUGAAGGAGGACUGGACAGAGCAGAAAAAAAGCUGCUAAGCUCAAUCGGCAAGCAUCGUCAUGCUGCCACAAGUGCUCAUCGAUCUGUGGAUCCAUCAGCCUCAGCCGUUCAACUAUCUGACAGUGAAGAUGAUCCAGACAAGGAGAACCAGAUCUCAAGGGGCAACAAUUACAGAAACACAUCUUUGAUUGAGUCUAGUGAUGAUGACUUUGAUCAAUUUCUUGUGGGAAAGGCCACACCGAAAGCUAAACCUACACCACUGACACCGUGCAGUGCUGCAGAGAAAGGCAGUUCGAAUGUACUUGUGAUGAGCUCGGACGAUGAUGGCAGUUUUGAGACAUUUCUACAACGAGUGAAAACACCUAUUGCUAAGCCUAAGAAAACAUCAGAGAGUGGGAGUGGAGAUAGCCUCAAAAAUUUCAUAGUGGAUGACUGCUCAUCAGACGAUGACUUUGACACAAAAUCAUCCUUUAAAGUGGCUACGAAGCGCACUACUCCAGCAGCCCAGCAUCCACAGAGGAGACCGCUGUCUCAGUGUGACUCCCCGGUCUUUAUUAGUGACAGUGAUGAUGAUGAUAAUAUUGUGGUCAAGAGCACUUGGAGAACUCGUCACUCAAAGCCCCUGCCAAAGGCUAAAAUCAAUAGUGGUGUGCUGGGUUACGAGGAGGAUGGCUCGCCAUCACUGCCUUUCUCUUCUUCUCUGACAUCGCUGGCCUCUCCCAAGCGCACUUUAUCAGCACCUUCUAAGCUGGAUGAAUCUGCCAGUUCUGAGGAGGAGUUCACAUCCUUACUGGACAGACUGAAAAAGAAAAACAAGUUCACUGGCACUUCAUUCUCACCCAAGAACACGCACGAAUGUAUUAAGGACCCUCCUGUGUCAGUCCCUCUUGUUAAAGGAUUUAAAAAACCAGCCCCUAAAUCAUUAGGGGAAACCUCUCUGCAGGUUAAGACACCAGGAAAAUCCACAUUCUUGAAGCCUACAGUCAGUCAGACGGAGCCCAGACACGGCCCCACCAGCAGGGUAGCAUUGUGUAAGACCCCAGGGUGCUUUUUGCAGUCCUUAUCAAACUCUGGCACCUGUUUUAAGCAGAAAAAAGAAGAGCUCACCCGCAAGCUCUACCAGCUGUACAACACCAGCGUGUUUGAUGGCAAGCUCCCUGUCAAUAUGUCUGUGACUUGGAAUAAGAAGAUGAGGAAAACUGCUGGGUACUGUGUCACAGGGCAGGAACGAGGGGGAGGGAGCCGCUAUGCCCGCAUUGAACUGUCAGAGAAAGUCUGUGAUUGUGCAGAUCGUCUCAGGGACACUCUGAUUCAUGAGAUGUGUCACGCUGCAACUUGGCUUAUUAAUGGUGUAAGGGACGGCCAUGGGAACUUCUGGAAGCUGUAUGCUCGCAAGGCCACGGUGGUUCAUCCUGAGCUGCCAAUGGUCACUCGCUGCCACAGUUAUGACAUCAAGUACAAAUUCCAGUAUCAGUGCACCCGCUGCCAGAAUAUGAUUGGACGUCAUUCCAAGUCACUUGACACACAGAGGUUUGUGUGCGCCCUCUGCACAGGACAACUGGUCUUGCUGACGCCCUCCAAGCCCCGGGCUCCCACACCUUUUGCCAACUUUGUCAAAGAGAACUAUGGGACUGUACGACAGGAGCUUGCAGGACAAAGCCAUGCGGAAGUGAUGCGUAAACUCAGUGCCGACUUUGCCUCUAAAACUAAACUCAGUCAAAGCUGAGAUCUUGGCGUUCACUGUACUUCGGGCCAUGGACUGAACUGCACAACCACAGGAAACCUUUUGAAAUAUUGAAAUACCACUGUUGACCAGUCUUACAAUUGAGCAGCUGUGAUCAUUGGAUCUGCUUUAACUGGAAAAACUGAGCCAAAACAGCAAGUUUGUGUGUGUGUGUGUGUGUGUGGAUAGUCGGUGUUGUACAAUGAAUUAUUUCACACUGUCUGUCUUUCCUGUUAUUUAAAACAUACUGGAGAUCAGUUUCUUAAGCAGUUAACAUUGUAUAAUACCAAUGUAAAAGUACGAAUAGAUGCAUAUGUAUGUGUUUUUAUAUUUGGCUGUUUUGAUUUUUUUCUUAUAAAUUCUAGAAAUAAAGUUUCAAUGUGUGACUCCA